CCCAUCUCGCAAAUACAAAUCGGCAUUCCAAACCCUAAACCCCGCAAAACCCUCGCCCUCCCUCUCCUCCGCCGUACUCCACCCAAGCCACCACCCAUCCCACGGCGAUGUCGUCGGCGGCGGCCAGGGCUCUCCGCGGGUGCCGGGCCCUCAUGGCCAACUCCUUCUCCUCCUCCGCGGCGGCGGCGGGGGGCAAGAGGCCCGCAUCGGCGGCGGCGGUCAAGCCCCCGAAAAAGGUGAUUACCAAGGACGACGCGACGGAGGCGAAGAACAUGCGCGGGAUCAUGCGGCCGCUGCCCGUCUCCGAGGCCCUCAGCAAGUUCCCCGGCGGCGGCCCCGAGAUCUCCCGCGCCGGCGCCAUCAAGAUCGUCUGGGCCUACAUCAAGGGCCAGGGCCUCCAGAACCCAGCAAACAAGAGGGAGAUCCUCUGUGACGAGAAGCUCAAGAACCUGUUUGCUGGGAGGGACAAGAUCGGGAUGAUGGAGAUCACCGGGCUGUUGAACCCUCAUUUCAUCAAGACUAAGUAGAGCAGCCAAGUGGGGGCCAGCACUGGUGCUUUCAGCUCUGAACCAGUGUUGGGAAGCUUCUUUUGCGAUUCAUGUUAAGCCAAACAUUCCACUAGGUAGUUAAGUCGCUGUGAUCGUGUUAAGACUUUAGACUUUCUUCACCAUUAAGGUUUGGGGGUUUCACUGCUGCAUGUAAAGAGGAUUCCCUGUGUUUUGUGGUUCGUAGCUCCUGCCAUCCUGCCAGGGCACCCGCAUGCACGUUGAUGUGGUUCAGUGUUUAGUCUGUCAAUGCCACAUUGUCCUGGUCAUAUAUAUCAUGCUGGUCUAGUUGCAGCUAAUGGUGAAUUUGUGACACGCAGGUUCUGGUCAAUCAAAUGUGUGCUAAAGUUUUUCA